GAUUUUUGUGAAAUGACAUUUUUAAAACAACAGUUUGGCCUCAUACUGGGCGGAAUAAUAAUUGGAAUUUUGAUAUGCAACAUAAAGCAGAGAAACCAUUAUAGACAAAAAAGUGCCUUCGAUGUAAACAUGUUUUCUCGUGUUUAUGAAAGGAGUAUCAUUCGAGAUAAACGCAGCAAUCAAGAUGAUUCAACAGAGGUCAUCAGGAACGCUAGAAUUAUUGCUAAUAAAACUGAAAAUGGCAUUGUAGCUGUGACAAUGGUGAAUGAAGCGUAUCUGGAAAUGACUUACAGUUGGUUAUGUAACACUGUCAAUAUGAGUGUUCAUGAACAAGUGCUUAUCAUUGCAACUGAUGAAAUAGCACUGAGGAAACUGCGGAGUGAUUGGCCAAACGUUGUCUCCGUCUUGUACUCGAUUUUAACGAAAGAUGUGACCGAAAAAGCAAAAUGUGCAUGGAAAUUGUUCAACAGGUCUCUAUUAGCACGUUCAUUGCUCAAAAACAACGUACAUAUCCUUCUGUUCGAAGUCGAUGCUGUUUGGUUCUCUUCUCCAUUCCCCCUGCUGCAAUCACUAUCACAUUAUGAUCUAGUUGGGGCCCAGCUCUCAACAAGGAAUCGCUAUAUAGCUGCAGGCUUUGUUUCUGUGCGGCCAACAAUUGCUUCACGAGAUAUAUUCACAUAUGUUAUAGACAACCUUUUGAAUGGACAUUAUUCUAAAGGUGACAGCACCUCACCCGACGUCAACGAUCAAAUAUAUCUUCAUGAUGCUAUUGUUUCACAUCACACUCUUAAAUACAAAUUAUUGGACUUUAACAUUAUUGAAGAUGGGCUUUGGUAUUUACAGCUCCAUGAUACUAGUAAUCCACACCAGUCGCGGCCUGUUGUUUUGAACAACAACUGGAUAAUUGAAAGAGAAGUGAAAAUUGCAACAGCUAAAGAGUCCGGACACUGGUUCCUUGAUAAAUCCAAUACUUGUGACUGGGAAAAUGUUAUAAGAAUAACUAAACAAUAG